AAAAAAAAGCAAAGAAAAAAAAAGUCCGCUUCCUUUUGAGGACGCCUGUGUGAAUGUGUGUGUGAGAAUGUGUGUUGGCGGUUACCGAGAGCAGAAGCAGGUCUGCUGAAGGGUUUUGCUCUCAUUACAGAUUGGAAACGUGCAAUAGCGGAUGCAGACAGCCUUGAGUGCCUUUGUUGAAGCUCUCGAGCUGCACCAGUCUGAUUCCGGUUUAGGGUUAGCGCACUGGCCUGGGUGUUAUGGUUGAAGCUUUCACAGUGUUUUAAGGCUUUAGGUUUACGCCUUUCUCUAUUGUCUGUGUUGAUGAAACAAGCGGAGUCUCACUUGAGAGGAAGACCUUCUCCUUCGGCUGUUGCAUGUUUUUGACUCGUCAGGGAACAAAACUGCGGCUGGUGCUUUGACUCGGACCUGAAGCCGACCAGUUAUUAGGAACAUCUUCAAAACAGUUUCCUAAUUUGCUUCUCACCAGUGUUGCACCACUCAACAAGCAAGCGGAUACAGGUUCUGGACGCACUUGAUGGUGGAUGGUGUAGCUUCAGCGCUGAUGGUGUUUCUCAACCUGCUGGGACACUGAGAGGAUAUUCUCCUUCCCUCUCUCCCUCUUUCCUUCUGUCCUUUCAUCCACUUCAUUAUGUCUGCCAUACAGACGAUCUGGCCUCCAGGCACGGAGUGUGUGGCCAGGUACAACUUCCCCGGCACGACUGACCAGGAUCUGCCCCUGUGUAAAGGAGAUGUCCUCACCAUUAUAGGAGUCACUAAGGACCCAAACUGGUACAAAGCCAAAAACACAGUGGGACGAGAGGGGACCAUUCCGGCAAACUACGUCCAGAAGCGAGAAGGGGUGAAGUCCGGCGGGAAGCUCAGCCUCAUGCCAUGGUUCCACGGUAAGAUAACACGUGAUCAAGCCGAGAGACUGCUCUACCCACCUGAGAUGGGGCUGUUCCUGGUGCGUGAGAGCACCAACUACCCCGGAGAUUACACGCUGUGUGUGAGCUCUGAGGGCAAAGUGGAGCAUUACCGCAUCAUCUACCACAAUGGGAAACUCACCAUCGACGAGGAGGCCUACUUCGAGAACCUCAUGCAGCUCGUCGAGCACUACACAAAAGAUGCGGACGGCCUUUGCACCAGACUCAUCAAACCCAAGCUCAUGGAGGGAACAGUGGCAGCGCAGGAUGAGUUCUCCAGAAGUGGAUGGGCACUGAACCGCAAGGAACUGAAACUCAUUCAAACUAUUGGAAAGGGUGAAUUUGGAGAUGUCAUGGUGGGGGAUUACAGAGGCACUAAAGUAGCUGUGAAGUGCAUCAAACAUGAUGCCACAGCGCAGGCUUUCAUCGCCGAGGCCUCGGUCAUGACGCAAAUGCGACACAAUAACCUGGUGCAGUUGUUGGGAGUGAUCGUAGAGGAGAAGGGCAGCUUAUUCAUCGUCACAGAGUACAUGGCUAAGGGAAGCCUGGUGGACUAUCUCCGCUCCAGAGGACGCACUGUUAUCGGAGGAGACUGUUUGCUCAAGUUCUCCAUGGAUGUGUGUGAGGCCAUGGAAUAUCUGGAGGCUAACAACUUCGUCCAUAGAGAUCUGGCAGCUCGGAAUGUUUUAGUUUCCGACGACAACAUCGCUAAAGUCAGUGAUUUCGGUUUGACCAAGGAGGCAUCGUCCACUCAGGACACGGCUAAGCUGCCCAUCAAAUGGACGUCCCCUGAAGCCCUGAGAGAAAAGAAAUUCUCCACUAAGUCAGAUGUAUGGAGUUAUGGAAUAUUGCUCUGGGAGAUCUAUUCCUUUGGCCGCGUACCAUACCCGAGAAUCCCUCUGAAAGACGUGGUGCCACGCGUGGAAAAGGGCUACAAGAUGGACUCCCCGGACGGCUGUCCUCCUGCUGUAUACGACGUCAUGAAGCUGUGCUGGACUUUGGAGCCGGCAAUGCGGCCCAGCUUUAAAGCGCUGAGAGAGAACCUGCAGCUCAUCCAAGAUAAAGAUUACCUGUGAGAGCAAGGACACAGACAGACUAACUCCGUUAGAGAGAGCACAGAGGACUGUAUACACACACACACACACGCUCUCAGAACAGCACUCUGUCAUCACACACUUGAAAUAGAGGAUGAAAUAUAAGUAUGGCCAAAUUGUUUUACUGAUCCCCACUUGUUUUUAUUUUAUUUUAUUUUAUUUCUUCCUUUCUUUCGCUGUGCCUUUAUGAUUUGUUUAUAGAAUCGGAGAGGCUGGCCUUCUCUUGUGUUUUUGCCUUUCUUGAUGGUUUUUCUUUCUUUUCUUUUUUUUUCUUUUUCUUUUUUUUUUUAUUUUUAUAAAUAAUUUAACUGUUCCCAGCCUCUUAUGACCUGUUUGUUUUUAUGUCUUUCACUGUCUUGCUGUUUCCCCUUCUACUAGAAUACUCUUUUCACUUUGCUAAGUCAUGCUCACACAGCACAGUGUUGUAUAGACCGAUUCCUCUUUAAUCAGCAUGUUCACAUGACCAUGGGUUUGUGUGGAUGUGCAAGCGUGCGUCUGUGCAUACUCCUCUGUGGACGUUGUGUUUCCGGAGCACUGGACUCUUCCCUGCACCUGAGCUGUUGCUGUUAUUUAGUUUUUAUUAUUCAGUGUUCACACCCGUAGUUUUUAAUGUCUUUCAAUUUAUUGAAAAGUGGGUCUCGUUCUUAACCCUGGAAAAUAUUGAACUUGAAGCAUGUGUGAAUUCACAUAAGGGGAUGUGGGUGGGGGUUGGGGGAGUGGGAGAUUUGCUGAUUACGUUUUUGAUCCAUAAAAAAAGGAGCAUUUUGUAUGUAAAGUGUAAGAAGACGUUGAAGAAAGAAAAUAUAAAGUUGUCUGCCUGUACAAGUCCUGAA